GUCCCCGUUAGCGCCGGAUCCCCGCGGGUAGGGAGGGGCGGGAGGCUCCGCGGGGAUCCCGGGGCGGCCGAGGGCCCCUGACUCUGUUCACCCAGACAACAUGGACCGAAUGGCCAGCUCCAUGAAGCAGGUACCCAACCCGCUGCCCAAAGUGUUGAGCCGCCGCGGAGUUGGUGCUGGGAUGGAGGCUGCGGAGCGCGAGAGCUUCGAGCGGACUCAGACGGUCAGCGUCAAUAAGGCCAUUAAUACGCAGGAAGUGGCUGUGAAAGAGAAACAUGCCAGGACGUGUAUUCUGGGCACCCACCAUGAGAAAGGAGCGCAGACCUUUUGGUCUGUGGUCAACCGACUGCCUCUCUCCAGCAACGCCAUGCUGUGCUGGAAGUUCUGUCACGUGUUCCACAAACUUCUNCGAGACGGACAUCCGAACGUGCUGAAAGACUCUCUGAGAUACAAAAAUGAGUUAAGCGACAUGAGCAGGAUGUGGGGCCACCUGAGCGAGGGGUAUGGACAGCUUUGCAGCAUCUACCUCAAACUGCUGAGAACAAGGAUGGAGUACCACACCAAACUCACAGUGGAGAUGUUUGAUUACCUGGAGUGUGAACUGAACCUCUUCCAGACUGUGUUCAACUCCUUGGACAUGUCCCGCUCGGUGUCCGUGACCACGGCUGGCCAGUGCCGCCUCGCACCGCUCAUCCAGGUCAUCCUGGACUGCAGUCACCUCUAUGACUACACUGUCAAGCUGCUCUUCAAGCUCCACUCCUGUCUUCCAGCUGACACCCUGCAGGGCCACCGAGACCGCUUCAUGGAGCAGUUCACAAAGUUGAAAGAUCUGUUUCAGCGCUCCAGCAACCUACAGUACUUCAAGCGGCUCAUUCAGAUCCCCCAGCUGCCCGAGAAUCCACCCAACUUCNUACGAGCCUCGGCCCUGUCAGAGCACAUCAGUCCUGUGGUGGUGAUCCCAGCGGAGGUGUCAUCCCCAGACAGUGAGCCUGUCCUGGAGAAGGAUGACCUCAUGGACAUGGACGCCUCCCAGCAGACUUUGUUUGACAACAAGUUUGAUGACGUCUUCGGCAGCUCGUUGAGCAGCGACCCCUUCAAUUUCAACAAUCAAAAUGGCGUGAACAAGGACGAGAAAGACCACUUGAUUGAACGCCUGUACAGAGAGAUCAGUGGACUGACAGGGCAGCUGGACAACAUGAAGAUUGAGAGCCAGCGGGCCAUGCUGCAGCUGAAGGGUCGAGUGAGUGAGCUAGAGGCAGAGCUGGCAGAGCAGCAGCACUUGGGCCGGCAGGCUACGGAUGACUGCGAGUUCCUGCGCACCGAGCUGGACGAACUGAAGAGGCAACGAGAGGACACAGAGAAGGCUCAGCGCAGCCUGACUGAGAUAGAAAGAAAGGCCCAGGCCAAUGAACAGAGGUAUAGCAAGUUAAAAGAGAAGUACAGUGAACUGGUGCAGAACCAUGCUGACCUGCUGCGGAAGACUCAAGAGCAACAGGAUGUUCUAGAGAACCUGAAGCAUGAACUGGCCACCAGCAGACAGGAGCUGCAGGUCCUCCACAGCAGCCUGGAAACCUCUGCCCAGUCAGAAGCGAAAUGGCUGACACAGAUCNCCGANUUGGAGAAGGAACAAGGCAGCUUGGCGACUGUCGCAGCUCAGAGAGAGGAAGAGUUAUCCGCCCUCCGAGACCAGCUGGAAAGCACCCAGAUCAAGCUGGCUGGGGCCCAGGAAUCCAUGUGCCAGCAGGUGAAGGACCAGAGGAAAACCCUCUUGGCAGGGAUCAGGAAGGCUGCGGAGCGUGAGAUACAGGAGGCGCUGAGCCAGCUUGAGGAACCCACCCUCAUCAGCUGUGCAGGAUCCACAGACCACCUUCUCUCCAAAGUCAACUCCGUUUCCAGCUGCCUCGAGCAACUGGAAAAGAACCGCAGCCAGUAUCUGGCCUGCCCAGAAGAUAUGAGUGAGCUUCUGCACUCGAUCACCCUGCUUGCCCACUUGACCGGUGACACUAUCAUCCAAGGGAGUGCCACCAGCCUCCGGGCCCCACCGGAGCCAGCCGACUCUCUGACGGAGGCCUGUAGGCAGUAUGGCAGAGAAACCCUGGCCUAUCUGUCCUCCCUGGAGGAAGAGGGAGCCAUGGAGAAAGCUGACGUCACAGCCCUUAGGAACUGCCUCAGCAGGGUCAAGACCCUUGGCGAGGAGCUGCUGCCCAGGGGCCUGGACAUCAAGCAGGAAGAGCUGGGUGACCUGGUGGACAAGGAGAUGGCAGCCACUUCAGCUGCCAUCGAAGCUGCCACCACCCGGAUAGAGGAAAUUCUCAGUAAGUCCCGAGCAGGAGACACGGGAGUCAAGCUGGAGGUGAAUGAGAGGAUCCUGGGUUCCUGUACCAGCCUGAUGCAGGCCAUCAAGGUGCUCAUUGUGGCCUCCAAGGACCUCCAGAAGGAGAUAGUGGAGAGUGGCAGGGGUACUGCAUCCCCUAAAGAAUUUUACGCCAAGAACUCUCGGUGGACAGAAGGGCUUAUAUCCGCCUCCAAAGCUGUUGGUUGGGGAGCUACCAUCAUGGUCCCAGGCAGUUGCAAGGAGAUAAAAAGUAUCCUUCUCAAAGCCUGGCACAGUGACAGUAUGGACUUCUCAAGCAUGACACUGACCCAGAUCAAGCGCCAGGAGAUGGAUUCCCAGGUUAGGGUGCUGGAGCUGGAAAAUGACCUGCAGAAGGAGCGUCAGAAACUAGGAGAGCUACGGAAGAAACACUACGAGCUGGCUGGCGUUGCUGAGGGCUGGGAGGAAGGGACAGAGGCAUCACCUUCUACUGUUCAAGAAGCAAUACCGGACAAAGAGUAGAGCCAAGCCGACACCCCACACAUCAGAAUGUAAAUUCUUGUUACCCUUCUGUGACGCUCGCUCCCCUCUGUGGCACUUCAGGUCCUUGUAGGCCUCUCCAGUGACAAAAGCUGAAGGCCAUCGGGUCUCCCCAUGACACCACCUCCGUUUGCAUGCAUGAUGGGUUCUUCCCCUAUAUCCCUGGCAACACAGGCAGACCAGGGUCAGCCAUGAGCAAGCUCAGGUCCACAGAAAAACAGCAACAUGGCCACUUCCUCACAGGCCACGUCCGGCUUAGAGGGGCUUCUUGUCACUGGGAGCUUGGAGAGGGGACAGCUUAAGUCUUUUCUUUUUCCCCCUCCUCAGUCCUUUGCAUUUUGUCCUUUGCACAAACUUGUGAGCAUCCAAACUCCGCUGGAUUCCAACCCAGACUGAUGUCUGACUCCACUGUUGGAAAGAACACGAAGGGACAGCUGGCCUCCACACUACACUUUUUGGCAGUCCGAUGGGUCCUCUAACUGCUUCUUACUAGGUGGUCGUUUGGGUCUUUUGGUUUCCCGUUUUUAAAGUUUCACACAACCAACUUUCCCAAAAAGGAUUCCUCCCCCACCCAGCCUGACCCUGAGCUCUGAGCCUUCUGAGAGGAAGCCCCCCCACAGCACCACCACACACUCCGGUGCGGCUCAGGCCACGCUUCGGUGCUCCGGCUCGGCAGUUCCGUCAGCCAAGGCUACUCCCCAGGGUGACAGCUCUCCUUGGAAGGCUGAGGCUGAGCUUAGUGCCUUUACUUUCUGACCUGGAUGCCAGCCCAAGGCCUCUGUCCACCAUCACAAGCCAGGGAGNACCAGAGUUGAAGACAAAGCAAAUGGUGCCAGGGACCCAGCUGUUCAGGGGACGUUUUCUUAGGAGCUCCUGUCACCAGGCUCACCCCGCCACCUGCAGGAAUGGAGCCCGUGUGGAACAGCAACACUACAUCCCCAGAGCGAACUUCCUGUGCCAUGUCAUUUGGGUCACCUCCUGUCAAACCUAGACAAGGCCCCAAGAGGGACAAAUGUGCCGGAAGUGGAGGAACCGGAAGUGGUCCCUUCUCCGUCUGCCUGCCUCUGCGGCCUCCUGACCCAGAAAAAGGUGGUUCCGUGCGCUGCUUACCCCACAGGCCCACAGGAUCGGGAAACGAGCUUGGCUCGGUGUCAGACUCUCGCUAUUUAUUACUAACAAUCUUUAUGCAGCACACGCCCCAGUGAUGCUUGGAGCAAUCAGGACCAAGGGUAACUAUCCAGGCGUGCCCUCCGNCGUCAACCUCCACAGAUCACAGAGCUAACGCGCCAUCCCUGGGCAUUUCCAGGCUUGGAUUCCAAAGCAGGCAGGUUCCUUAAAGCACUGAGGAACAGGGCAAAGGAGAAGGGGGACCACUGGCUCUGACACAGNCCCCAUCACCACCCACCCACUCUGGCUCCCAUGCAGACAGGAUGGGGACAGGGGGCACCAUGCCUAGCCACAAGCAGGGACAGCACUUUGCAACUCCCUAAUGGACCCCUGAUCUAAGUGACCUUGUGGAGCAGGGGGGUGGCNNCUUCUUUGUAGUAACACAUAGGUGGCAGCCAGCAAGCACUUCUUUUGAGCCUGUCCCCAUGGGGCAGAGCUCAGCUUCGCUGGGUGAUGGGUUGUGAGACUAAUGCUUGAUCACUGUGAAUCAACCUCCUCCUUCCUGCCCCACUCUGACCCCGGUGGGCACUCCAAAACCUCCCAGAGACCCAGAUGAUGGCUGUGACAUGUGACCUCCACACUGGGCUAAAGGAGUUUUCUGCAGUAGAAAUGGGCCCAUUCUGGUGCCAGAACAAUGUUUAUUGGGUCCAAGGACCAGAACACUCAAUGGAUGAGUGGUGGCGUUGGCUCGUUUGUGCCAAUGCAGCUGGUCCGUGUGUUCACUGCCGGUCAGCUUUUCCUACGGUGGCCAUAGAGUCCUUGUUUCUAGAGUCACUCUCAUGUGUCCCAUCGAGAUGACAUCAAACACACAGCAAUAGAUGGGGGUUUUCUGAAUAAAUGACAAACCCAUAUGAAAAGCCACUGUCAUUUAAAAAACCCCAAAAAAAAAUCUGCCUGGGGAGUGAAACAGUGAAAAGCCCCAGCACGAGGUAAGGCAACAGCACAGAAGGGUCCCUACCUGCUUCAUGUCCCAUCAGGACUUUGUAAUAGCUCGGAAGCUGCCUUUCUCCAGCCAGGCUGGCUAGCACACACCUGUAACCUUGGCACUCAGCAGACCGAGGCAGGAAGAUCCUGAAUUUACAUACCUUGUCUCAAAAAAAAAAAAAAAGAAAACAGGUUAUAAAUGUUUGUGUAUAGAGAUUUAUAUAACUGGUUUUUGGAGACAGGGUCUUACUACAUAGUCCUGGCUGGCCUCCAACUAGCUUUGUCCACCUUAUUGUCCUGAGGUCACAGAGGUUCCCCUUCCUCUGUCUCCUAAAUGCUGGGAUCAAAGGUGUGAGCCAUCUCACCCAGUUGAGACCAUAAUUUUUUUGGCUCUGCUACUACCAAAACAUGAGUCUUUAACCUGGUGGCUGGUCAAACCAAACUGGAAAUUCUUUUUUUUUUUUUUUUUUUUUUCACAAAAGCAGUUUUUAUUUGAGGCAAGGAGUAGUCUGACCCAUAUGAUUACAGUUCUAAGCACUCCAAUUUAAGUGUAGUGGCACGACUUGGGCUAUGAAACUUGCUUCUCUUUGGUUGGAAAGGGUAUUCGUGAUAAAGUCCUCCAGGUGGGUAAGAAGAAAGACCAGGAAAGGCUGGAAGAAACACCUCAGCUAAUGGUACUGCCCUCCAGAUCUACAUCAACCUAACUCUCACCAUCUGGUCUGCAAGGUGCCACCCAGUGCAGAGGGACACAGGACACUUGCAAGGGCAGAUGAAGCAGAACAGGUGCAAGUCGCUUGAGGAGCAGCUCAAAAGGAACUUCACAGCCUUCCUCCCCACACCCCCAGGCUUCUUAGACUACAGGCUGCUGCCUGGGGUGUGGCUGGAUCCUCAAGUCAGGGAGCUGAGGAGCUGGCGAGGUAGCUCAGCAGUUAAGAGUACUCCCCGCUCUUACAGAGGCCCCCCCAAAUCAGCACCCACAUGUGACCGCGACCACCUUCAACUCCAGCCUCAAGGGAUCCAAUGGCGUCUGCUGCAUGUGUUCAUACAGAAGUGCCCACAUACUUUUAGAGAAAAUAACUCCUGAAAAAAAAAUAACUUUAAAGACAGAAAAUUGACAAAAUAAAGACUUAGGGUGGGGUGAGGAAGAAACUCAAAUCCAGCUGUGACUUAGAUAAUGCAGUUUCCUGGUGCCUCCGGGCUAAGCAUAAGUGUGUGCAUAGAAGAUCUACUUCUGUGGGGUUGGGUCAUAGCUCAAAAAGGAAUUUAAAUAGUUAUGUCAGGUUUGUCAAUGCACAACUAUAAUCCCAGCAUUUGGGAAUCCGAGGCAGGAGGACUGUGAGUUCAGGUCUAGCCUGGGCUAUAUACUAAGACCUUGUCUCAAAAACAAAGACCAGGCUCUAAUUUAACUGGCUUAUUGCUGUACUGCCCCCCAGCACUAUCCCCAGAUUCCUGUUUUGCCCUGGGAGAAUCAAACACAUGCAGGGCACCCUGUCUCAGGACUGGUGUGGUGAGUCAGACACUAGGGCUUAUACCAGGUAACCCAGGGUCACAAGUGUUUAUCAUUCUGGUCACAUUAGGGUGCUAUGGCCUCUCAGGAGGUAUUGGUCCUCAUCCUGUGUCGGGGAGUUUUUACUUCUUGGUCAGUGACUUAGUUGUAGAAGGAUCCCUGAAUUUUAAAGCUGGCCAAUGUGUUACUCUCGGUUGCCUUUCCAUAUCUCUGGAGACCUUGCUAGAAAAGCAAGUCUGUGGGCCCAACAUUCACCUGCCAAUAAGAGUGGCCCUGCCCUCUGCCAUCUUGGAUCAUCUGUAGUAGCCUUCCAACCAGAGUGGACUUUGCUCUCUCCCAUCUUUGAUCAUCUUCCAAGUUGGCAUCCAACAAGGAUGAGCUCUGCUCGGUCGAUCUUCAUCUUGGAUCCCCUACAUUGGCCUUCCAAAGAGAGGGGCUUUGCCCUCUUUCCACCUUUCAGGUUCUCAGAGACCACACUGUAGCAUUGGAAACUACCAUGACAGCACUUGCCAGGCAUCCACAGUGACGCAGAAGAGCUAUUUGACUCCCAGGUCCAGCCCAAACCCAGGACCAGCAAAGCAGUAAUGGAGUGCUUCCCCUCCCAGGAGCCAGAGCCAGGAAUGGUGGGUUAGACGUGACUGGAUCCAGUUGUGAGAAUAGAACCUUCCAGACAUGUGUUUCAGGUGACCCUCAACUACCUCAGGUUUGAAGACCCUAAGUUAAACUUGAUUACCACUCUAGGGACAAACCGAGGAAUCUGGUUAAAUCUUGGUGAUAACCUAAAUGUCUCAAGCUUAUAACAAACUCUCAAACCGUGCAGGGAUGGGGCUGAUUUUUGUUUGUUUAUGCCUGCCCCCUUCUGUUUCUNACCUUUUCCACUGUUUUCCAUUAGAGUAGUCCCUAUAAGUGAAUUUCACUUCUCACAAGGUGCCUACCUUCCCAGAGCAGGUAGCCACUGGCUCUUGUUUCCUCCUCACAGGACUUUUAUUAUGGAAUGAAGAUCUUUCUUUGUAUAAUGCA